GUAAUACAGAUUUCCUUGAGAUCCAGAGUCUGCAGUCUACAAACAGGAAACACCAUGAAUCUGAAAAUGGCAAAGAUCUCAGAGAUAUGCCGUCCAUCAGAUGGCAACACCUGGUACAGACUAAAACCAGACACCUGAACUGUUUGAAAAGUAAUGAGGACUUAAUCAAGAAAAUUAAACCAGGAGUGCGUGCAGAAGAACGGAAGUGCAAGCCAUUUAAUGACAGCAACGUGCCAUUUCCUGAUAGCAGCGAUUUAACUGCUGAUGUAAGUCAUGGUGGAAAAAGAGAAAAGGAUACCUUAGCAACACAUAAGCACACACCUGGCAGAGAUAAACUAUAUAAGUGUACUACAUGUGACAAGAGUUUUACAAGUGAAAAAGGUUUAGCAGUACAUAAAAAUAUUCACACUCGUGACAGAUGUUCUGUACAAAAGUCAAGCAUGAAUCACCAUAAACUAGCCCACAGUGGAAAAUCAUAUAAAUGUGACACCUGUGAUGCAGAAUUUGGAGAUAAGAGAAGUCUGGUGGAGCAUCAGAGUGUUCACACGGGACAAAAACCCUAUAAAUGCACCAUGUGUGAUAAGAGAUUUAUACAGAAGGGUAACAUGAUGACCCAUAUGAGUAUCCACACUGGGCAGAAACCUUUUAAAUGCAAUAUGUGUGAUAAAAGUUUUAGACUGAAGGGAAAUAUGUUAAGUCAUCAGAAGACUCACAGUGGGCAGAAGCCCUAUAAAUGUACCGCAUGUGACAAAGGUUUUGCUGAUAAGAGAAAAUUGGCGGUGCAUGAGAGUGUUCACACUGGGCAAAAACCCUAUAAAUGUAACCUGUGUGAUAAGACGUUUAGACUGAAGGGUAAUAUGGCACGUCAUCAGAAGGUCCACAUUGGGCAAGAACCCUAUAAAUGUACCAUAUGUAAUAAGACUUUUAGACACAAAAAUUCAAUGAUUAGACAUCAGAGUGUCCACACCGGGCAGAAACCGUAUAUGUGUAGCACAUGUAAUAAGGGUUUUGUUGAUAAGUCAAGUCUAGUGGUUCAUCAGAGUGUGCACACGGGGCAGAAACCAUAUAAAUGCACCAUCUGUGAUAAAACUUUUAGACUGAAAGGUAGCUUGGUAAACCAUCAGAGUGUACACACUGGGCACAAACCCUAUAAAUGUACUGUAUGUGACAAGACUUUUGUAGAUAAGAGAUGUCUGACAGCACACCAGAGUGUCCACACGGGGCAUAAACUCUAUAAAUGUGUCACAUGCGAAAAAGGUUUUACAAGUAAGAGAAGUCUAGCAGUUCACCAGAUUGUUCACACAGGGCAAAAGCCGUAUAAAUGCACAAUGUGUGAUAAGAGCUUCAUCCAGAAGGUUAACAUGCUGAGCCAUCAAAGGAUUCACAGUGCGCAUAAACCUUUUAAAUGCAUGAUGUGUGAUAAGAGCUUUAGGUACAAAAGCAAUAUGGUAACACAUCAGUAUAUUCACACUGAGCAUAAACCUUACAAAUGCACAAUGUGCGAUAAAAGUUUUAAAUUCAAAAGCAGUAUAGUAACACAUCAGUAUAUUCACACUGGGCAAAAACCGUAUAAAUGCACGAUGUGUGAUAAGAGUUUCAGACUGAAGAGUAAUAUGAAAAGUCACCAAAGAGUUCAUACUGGGCAGAAGCCGUAUAAAUGUACCACAUGUGAUAAGCGUUUUAGAUAUAGGAGUGGUUUAAAUAGGCAUCAGAGAAUCCACACCGUGCAGAAAGCUGAUGUUUGGCAAACAUCAGUGAUUAAAGCAAAACUGAUUUCAUGAACUUUAAUUACAACUUGACUUAUAAAUGAACUCUGUUACUGUCACAUUAUUAAGAAGAGCAAUUAAAGGCAAUGCACAGACCUUGUAAGUGUAGAAAGCUCCUAAAUGGAAAACUCCAAGCCCAGAUGCAGUACCUAACUUCUGUGUAAAAGUAUUAACAUUGUUGCAUGAAGGCUUAACCAUAAGAACUACUUAUCUUCGCAUGCCUAACAGCAGGAAAAACAAUAUUCAUCCUUAAGAGUGAACCUGCAAGCAGUCUAAAAACUAUAUACCAAUAACUCACCUUCCAAUCAUGUAUAAACCAUUUACUGGAAUUGAUGCUGACAGAGUUAAUAGGCAUUUAGAAGAGAGCUCAGUCAUGGCAACAGAACAAAAGAUAAAAGAAAGUCAUAUGGA